AUUCAUGAACCGCCUCACAUGAAUCAUCACAAGACAGACGAAUAAGUAGGGAAAUCUAUUGUUUGACGAUAAGAAUCGUUAAUAGCAGUUUAAAAACUAUAGCGAGAACUUGGAUAAGGAAAUUUAUAUCUUGGCAAUUCAAGUCACCUGGGAUCUGUUUACGGAAGUUCUACGACGGCCUACGAUUAUAUAAUUGCUUGAAUCCUAUUUAUAAAUUUAUUGCGCUGUCUAUUUUGUGUUGACCUAAACUUAUUUUUUAAAGUAAGAGAAAAAUGGCCUGGAGAAACGUGUCAAAAUUUAAAAACUCUGCUCCAAAGAUUCCAAAAAAGGACCAAUGGAUAACUGACGUAAACUCGGCUAAUUUAUUAAAUUGUGCUGGUAAUCACAUUCAAUGCAGUGCCAAGUAUAUUGCCUACAACACAUCGAGUGGUGGUUCAUUGGGUGUAGUAUCCCUAAAACAUACUGGAAAAGUAGAGAGGACCACUCACGAAAUUCUGGCACAUUCAGAAUUCGUCACAGAUUUCGAUUUUUCACCAUUUGAUGAUUGUUUAUUGGCAACUUCAUCGACUGAUUGUACAGCUAAGUUAUGGAAGUUACCACAAGAGGAUUUUACCGAGAGUAUAAGUAACCCCCACAAACAACUUUGCGCCCUCUCCAAGAGGAUUGAGAGGAUACUUUGGCAUCCUUGUGCAAGUGAUAUUAUUGCUACCGCCUCUGCUCAUUCUGUAUCGGUUUACGACGUAGAGGCCAACAAAUGCUUUUUCGAGUUCAAUGAACAUACCGACCAAGUACAGAGUAUAUCUUGGAAAGGAGACGGAAGUUUACUUGUAAGCUCCUGCAAGGAUAGAAAAAUAAGAAUUAUUGAUCCACGAAAAAAUUGCCUUGCAAAUUCAACUAAUGGACAUGCAGGUAUCAGAGAUUCAAGAAGUCUUUGGUGCGGCGACGGAAAUUAUACCAUAAGCACAGGAUUCUCUGAGAAACGGUCAAGGGAAGUAAAUAUUUAUGAUAUUAGAAAAUUUAACUCUCCUCUAAUAACUCGUGAAGCAGGAAAUAAUAAUGGAAUUCUCAUUCCACUCUAUGAUCCUGACACGAAUAUGCUUUUCCUAGCCGGAAAGGGUGAUACUAUGAUCUCUUUUAUGGAAACUCAGGAAAAAGAUCCAUUUUUAACUGAGGCGUCUAUUGACAGCGUUCAGCAGUUUAAAGGAGCUGCUCUUGCUCCUAAGAAGUCUAUGAAUGUUAUGUCCGGUGAAGUUAAUCGCGUAUUGUUGCUGGCAUCGCACAACAUCAUUCCUGUACCUUACAUUGUUCCAAGAAAAUCGUAUUACGACUUUCAUGCUGAUAUCUUUCCGGAUACGAAUUGUUCCGUGCCAUCUAUGACAUCGACUUCUUGGAUGUCAGGAGCUAUUGUUCCAUUGUCCAAAAUAAGUCUAGACCCAACAAAGAAAAAUCAACAAAUGCCGGAACCUCCUACAAAGACUGUAGAAGAAGUUGACAAGAAUUCGCAUUCUAAAUUGCAAAAGACACAAUCGGUAGAAGAAGUAAAACUUCGCCAUGUCGAUCCACUCCGCAGGGAAAAGCCAAAUUCAGAAAGUAAUGGAUCAUCUUCACCUUUUAAUGUUAAGCUUCGACAUUCCGUUGCUGUGACUGACAAAGGCAGUAAUGUGGAACAAUUAGAGCCAUCGUUUGCUCAAAUUAAAUUAAAGAACGUGAAAAAACCUGUUGGAAUGGAAGCAGAAGCGCCUGAAAAGUCUGAGGAAAGGGCAGCCGAGAAAACAGCAGAGGUUGAAAUAAAAAAUGAUGUCACACCUGUUGUAAAAAAGCCAGGCGGCGCAAAGUUUCAAACUCAGAGAAUCUCAAAAUUUAAACAUUUACAAGGAAAACCAUUACACAAAAAUUACCAUAUUGUAAACUUACAAAAUCUAAGCAAAACUAUCCCUGGUGAGAGUGAUGGAUUUUCGGUUAACAGGAAACGUUGUGCUCUCCCAUUGAAUGGUCCUGGAGGUUGUGUAGCUGUUCUAGAGCUGUCAAAAUACGGCAAGCUACCAGUAACUGGUCUUCCUGUUUUACACAACGGUUCCAAUGUUACUGACCUCGCAUUCGAUCCAUUUAAUGAGUGCCGAAUUGCCAUUGGUACUGAAGAAUCUACCAUAAAUAUUUGGACUAUUCCUACAGAGGGUCUAGAAGAGACUUUGAAAGAACCACAAUUUUCCCUCAGGGAUCACUCCGACAAGAUCUACUUCAUCAAAUUUCAUCCGUUAGCGAAGGAUGUUUUAGCUAGUGGUUCUUUCGAUUUUACAGUGAAAAUAUGGAAUCUAGACAAAAAGUCUUGCUCACACACUUUAAAUGGUCACACGGAUGUUAUCUUCAACUUAUCAUGGCAUCCGAAUGGUUCAGAGUGUGUUACCCUGUGUAAAGAUUCGAAAAUCAGGGUUUAUGAGCCAAGGAAAUCUGUAGAUCCAGUGAAGCAAGCUUCCGCAAUAAUUGAAAAUAGCCGAGGGGGAAGAAUCCAAUAUGUUUGUGGUGGUGACAAACUAGCUGUUAGUAACUUCACAAGGCAACAAACAAGAAAUAUAUCUAUAUUCGAUGCUGUUAAUUUGCAAGGAGUUAGUCUUGCAUGCGAAGAAAUAGAUGUAUCGCCGGCAACGCUUAUGAUGCUAUACGACGAAGAUAGUCGAACAAUAUUCGCAACUGGCCGAGGUGAUGGAACUAUAUUCGCUUUUGAAGCAAUUAACGAAGCUCCCUACUUGUCUCGUUUAUCGGACAUAAAAGGUGACGGAGCCCAUCAGGGUUUUGGUCUUUUACCUAAAACUGAAUGUAAUGUUAAGGCUGUCGAAUUUGCUAGAAUUUUACGCCUUACGCGUUCAACUAUCGAACCUAUUCCCAUUACUGUUCCUAGGCGUAAAAUGGAAUAUUUCCAAGACGAUAUUUUUCCUCCAACAAAAGCUCUGUGGGAGCCUUCUAUGACACCUGAUGAGUGGGAACAAGGUGGAAACAAACCUCUCAGAACAAUCGACUUAAAGCCGACUGAUAUGGAUAAUCUUAGCGAUCAUCCAGAUAAGCCAAGAGCAAGCAAAUAUAAGUUUGAAUCGGAAGUUAAAACGAAAACUGAUGCCGAAAAGAGAGAUGAACUUCUCGAAUCUUUUAGUUCUAAAGUUAACACUGAUAGAGGCUUGGAACAAGAUGGAAUGGAAGGUGUAGAAGACCAAGAAUGGGCACGUAUUUCUGUCUUUCAAAAUUUUAAUACAACUAAUUUGAAAUUAUCACUUAAACAAUAA